ACUACGGAAACGUUUUGCUUUUGCAGUCCUUGUAACAUUGGCUUCAGCUGUGAUGCUUAUUUUAUACAGCAUAUAAAGUAUAAGCACCCAGAGGAAUACACUGCAUAUUUAAAGGCACUGGAUCAAAGCACAGCAAAGGUGGGGUUGUGGUUAUCUGUCGGUGGCAGUUGCCAUUCAGUUGCCUGGGAGCAGGACUGCUGUAAGUUUGUCGAAUGUAGUAAAGUUUCUAGAUAUUCAAUACUUCAUAAGCAGAGAUGUACUGUGGAGAGAACUUGCACAGAUUAUAUGCAGGCUGUCAGUGACUCAACAGAAUAUAAUAAAGGAUAUUGUCAGUCUCCCAGUGGGGAGAAACCUUAUAAAUGUAUGGAGUGUGAACAGAUGUUCAGGCACUCAUCAUCCCUUAAUAGGCAUCGACUGGUUCACACUGGGGAGAAGCCCUACAAAUGCAUGGAGUGUGGACAAUCUUUCAGGCGGUUAUCCCACCUUAAUACGCAUCGACUGGCUCACACUGGGGAGAAGCCCUACAAAUGCAUGGAGUGUGGACAGACUUUCUGUCAGUCAUCAAACCUUAAUAGGCAUCGACUGGUUCACACUGGGGAGAAGCCCUACAAAUGCAUGGAGUGUGGACAAUCUUUCAGGCGGUUAUCCCACCUUAAUACGCAUCGACUGGCUCACACUGGGGAGAAGCCCUACAAAUGCAUGGAGUGUGGACAAUCUUUCAGGCAGUUAUCCCACCUUAAUACACAUCGACUGGCUCACACUGGGGAGAAGCCCUACAAAUGCAUGGAGUGUGGACAAUCUUUCAGGCAGUUAUCCUCCCUUAAUAUGCAUCGACUGGUUCACACUGGGGAGAAGCCCUACAAAUGCAUGGAGUGUGGACAAUCUUUCAGGCGGUUAUCCCACCUUAAUACGCAUCGACUGGCUCACACUGGGGAGAAGCCCUACAAAUGCAUGGAGUGUGGACAAUCUUUCAGGCAGUUAUCCCACCUUAAUACACAUCGACUGGCUCACACUGGGGAGAAGCCCUACAAAUGCAUGGAGUGUGGACAAUCUUUCAGGCAGUUAUCCCACCUUAAUACGCAUCGACUGGUUCACACUGGGGAGAAGCCCUACAAAUGCAUGGAGUGUGGACAAUCUUUCAGGCGGUUAUCCUCCCUUAAUAAGCAUCGACUGGUUCACACUGGGGAGAAGCCCUACAAAUGCAUGGAGUGUGGACAAUCUUUCAGGCGGUUAUCCCACCUUAAUACGCAUCAACUGGUUCACACUGGGGAGAAGCCCUACAAAUGCAUGGAGUGUGGACAAUCUUUCAGGCAGUUAUCCUCCCUUAAUAAGCCUCGACUGGUUCACACUGGGGAGAAGCUCUACAAAUGCAUGGAGUGUGGACAGACUUUCUGUCAGUCCUCAAACCUUAAUAAGCAUCGACUGGUUCACACUAGGGAGAUAGAAAAAACUGACAAGCCACAAAAAGUCAUAAAGAUGACAGAGUAAACUAUUGAGGAUAAAUAUUGUUACUGUUGUACAAUAAGCCAAGAAUUUCUGGAUAGAAGAUUUUCAGAAAGGCAGAAAUUUAGUGGAAAGAAAAAUACUUGCACAGGAAAACUGGCAAAAGUUUCAAAUACACAUUUUUGUGUCUUUUAAUAAAGUGACUCAUGAAAACAUUGUAUACACCAAGAAACCAUGAGGCAUUUGGAAAAAGAAGCCAUUGAGGAAAUGUGAAAAUAAACAAAACCUAGAGAUGGUUGAAAGAUAUAAGAAAGAAACAUGGCCAUGGGGAAAGAUCUGAUACUGUACAGUAUUUAUGUAAAGGGGAAAGCCAAACUACUCUGUACAAAAAAAAAAAAAAAACACUUCGAUACUUGAAGAGCAAUAC